AUCCCGGUUAGGAUUGAAUUUGUAAAUCAAAUGAACGACUCGAUACAACAACCCAGGAACCUUAAACAAGACUCGAAUCUAACCUCUCGCCGUAGAGACAGGAACAUGGUUAAACAAACCCAGGAAAAUCCCCAUAAACCCAGAAAGCGUCUUCAGCAGUUGGGCUCAGAUUAUGAGGCUAACAUUGACGCGUAUCAUGACACACUAGCAGAGUUACUUAGCAAGGCGAAGGAAGAUGACUUCGACCGAAAAAUAAUGGAGGAAUCAAUUUCAAAUUUUGGGGACGUAAGAACGUUGAUGUCUACCAUCGAGAGAAGUCUUGCAGACACAAAGCCAAUUUCCCUUGCAGUUAUUGGUGGAUCUAUAUCACGGGGGCCGGAUUCGUACUCAGAAAAGGGAAAAUACAAACGAUUUGUAAGAUCUGGUUUUAUACAGGGUAACAAAAAGUGA